UAUCUCUUAAGAAUGAUGCAAAUGGAUAUAGAUUAAUUCUUUUUGCUUCAACUGAUUAGCAAAGGAACUUAUGCAAAAGUAUAUUUGGUUAAAAAGAAGGAUACUAAUAAAUUGUAUGCUCUCAAAAAAUUAAAGAAAAAAGUAGUUGAUUAAAAGAAACAAGCCGUAUAAUAAUUGAAUUACAGUAUUAGUAAUAUGUUACGAUGGAAAAAGCUAUUCUUAAUUAAGAAAAGCAUCAAUUUAUCGUUUACCCAUAAUAUUCAUUUUAAUAGGAAAACUAUUUUUACUUUGCUUCAGAAUACUGUGAAGGAGGGGAUCUAUUUAGUUUAUCUAGAGCAAAAGGGAAAUUCAAAGAGAAAGCCAUAUAAUUUUAUGCAAUCCUGAUAAUUCAUGCAUUAUAAUUUCUACAUAUUUAAAAGAUAAUUUAUAGG